ACUUAUUUUUUUUUACUAUUAAUUAGUUCUUAAAGCUACAAAAAAAAGUUUCAUUCUCCUUAUUAAAAGUGAACUACAAAAAUGCAGUGUCGUGCUUGUAUGCAGACUAAUUGCCAAGUCCUCCUCGACAUGGGCAUCGCGUGUACAGAGGAUGGCAAAAAUCUGUACGAUUGCUUCAAUGAAUGCACGCAGUUAGAAGCACGUGCCAAUGAUGGUUUACCCAAAACACUUUGCAAAAUGUGUGCACAAAAACUUCAGAUAGGCUUUAACUUCAGAAAAAGUGCUCGCCAGUCGCAUGAAGAUUUCAUGAAACUUUUAGCAUCCCUAAAAAUGGAGACGGAAUCGGUACAUAGUUUAACAGAGGAAUCUUUGGCAUAUGAGAAAGAAGGGGAAAAUACUGGUGAUCCUUUGGAUAUGGAUUUUGAAGAAGCUGUAAGGGCCUUACAUGGAACAGAAUUAGAUCUUUUCGUAAAGGACGAGUCGACCGACCAGGUCUUAGAGGAAUCACAAGAUGUAAAACAUGAAAAUGAAAACUCGACAGAGGUUCAGCUGUCUAAUUUGUAUGGUGUUACAACAACAACAUCGACGGAGGGUUUUGGGGAAUCGCAACAUUCAAUAGAAAAAAACCAAAAAUCGACGGAUGUUUUGGAGGAAUCACUACUAGAAUCGACGGAUGUUUUGGAGGAAUCACUACUAGAAUCGACGGAUGUUUUGGAGGAAUCACAACUAGAAUCGACAGAUGUUUUGGAAGAGUCACAAGAUGUAGAACAUAAUAAUGAAAAAUCUAUGGAAAUAGACAGAUCAGAAGAGGAGGUUGACCAUUUUACCGAAUUAAUACCCGAUUCAUCAUAUGACGAUAAUAUACAAAAUAUAAAAGCAAAUGAAUCAGAAACAGAUGAAUUAGAAGAGCAGUGCAUAACUGAACACACAGAUAAAGUAAGAUACACUUGCGAGAAUUGCAGCCGCUCUUAUGCAACUAAAAAGGAAUUAAAAAAGCAUAUUUCUAAUCGACACAAAUCUGAUAUAAUUUGCAUAAACUGCUCAAAGGUGUUUGAAAUGCCUAAUGAUUUGAGGAUACACAAAAAGCUUGUUCAUGACACCGAAUCACCAAUACAAUGCGAUUUCUGCCCAGAAAAACCUGUUAUGCCUCGAACGGAACUUCUUAAACAUUUUCAAAACUACCAUAGUUGUCGAUAUUUUAAAUAUUUUCCACGUUUACGUAAAAAACGUACUAAUUGGUUAGGGGAUCCUAUUCCUAAUGAAUGCAAAUAUUGUGGAAGAACAUUUCCAUCUGAGUUCGAUUUGGAAGAUCAUAUAAAAUCUCAUGUAUUUCAAUGUCCAAUCUGCUCGAGAAAUUUCGGUAGAAUAAAAGCUUAUUAUGAACAUAUCAAACGAUUACAUAACAGCAGAGCAAAUAAAGUUCCGCCACUCAUUGUUGAAGGAACUGAAAUCGAAGAACAAAUUUUCGAAUGCAAAGAUUGCAACAAAAGCUACACGAGACUGGGCUCUUAUAAUACACAUAUGAAACAAAAACAUCAAGUAACGGAAUCAAAUGCUAUAAGUGAUAAUCCUGUUAAACAGUUCGACAAUAUUCACCAAAUCGACUUUUCGGAUAACCCUACAAACAUAGAAGGCAACGAAUUCACUGAAACUGAAAUGGAAGGCACCGUUAUUGAACUUAUUCCCAUGGAGUCGGAUGUCAUAAAAGAUGAUCAAGAGCGUAGAAAACCGUCUAGAAGAAAAGCGCAUAAAAAUUCAGAUGGUCAAAAGGAGAAAAAGAGCUAUCUAUGUUCAUUUUGUCCACGAGUGCUAUCUACUAAAGCUGCUCUAGAAUCGCAUGAAGGAAAACAUUUAAAUACUGAGCCCGAUAUGAAGGAGUGCCCAUUUUGUCAGAAAAGGUUUUCAAUGGAAUAUAUAAGAAAGCAUAUUGAUCUCGUACACAUUGCUAAGCGUAAAUUUCAUUGUGAUAUUUGCCGUGAUUCUUUUAAAACCAAGGAUGGUCUUUAUCGACACAGACAAUUGCAUUCUAAGGAACGGGAUUGCCCAUGUACAAUAUGCGAUAAAAGUUUCCCUAAGAAAAGUGAGCUUGUAAUACACAUGCGAUUUCACACGGGGGAAACGCCUUUCACCUGCCACUUAUGUGACAAACGAUUUCGAAUUAAAGCCCAUCUUACAAAUCAUUUGCGAAAGCAUGCUAACAUCAAUUUUAUAUGUACGGUGUGUGGUAGAGAGUUCAAGAGCAAAACACUACAAGACCAUUCAUAUAAGCAUACCGGUGGAAUGCCAUAUUCCUGUUUAAUUUGCGAUUACGGUAGUGCACGGCGUGAAAAUUUUACGUGUCAUAUGCUGCGCAAACAUGACAAAGUUAUGACGGAGGCUGAAUUAUUUGCAAUGUUCAAAGCGAAUACUGGUCGCUCUCCUCGCGUAAAGCUAGCUGAAGAAUUAGAAAUGAUAAAUGCAAUGUUUCCACCCAGAGACCCCGACUGUUCUACUGAAAGUUAAGCGCUAGCAAGCAAUUUCUGUACAAGAGGUGGGUAACUCAACUCAGAGUUAAGUUAUUGAGUUGAUUCCUAUAAGUGAAUCGGUAACUCAGACUCCCUGUCCA